UUAUAAAUGGGCCAUCACUACACGGCGCAAUAUCACUACUUUUAGAGCUGAUAAUUGAAGUCAACAAAGACCUCAGGAUGUCAGAAACAAGCAAAAGGUUAAACGAGGCGUUGUGCACAUACAUCACAGAAACAUUAGGCCACAUUGAGACAGUAGGAACUUUCUGCAAGACAUUCCCUAAAUGGAUGGAAGCAAGGAAGACUGAGUUGGAAAAGCUCAACAAGAUGUUGAGUCCAGAGAGCAAACAUGCAGAGUUGGAGAAGGAGCUGGACGAAGUGUUAAAAAACACUUUGGAUGGUCUGGAGAAGCUUGACCUCUUCUUGGAUGCAGUGGAGAAGCUUGCAGUGACCUCACUGAAUGUGUUCACUCAAAACCAGGUGGUACAGCUGUCCAAACACAGUGAACAUGUUCAAAUUGUCAUCAUACAUGCAAAACUGAUCUGCCCUCUGCUACUGGAGUUUAAAAGAGAUGCAAAAGUCUUCUUCCUUCCCAAACUUCAGAAUUUGGAGGUGCUGAAAUAUCAGUUUGACACAUACGUACAAGUCUCCAAGAUGAUUUGUGACAGAUUUGAAAAAAGCAUCAGUGCCUUUCCCUUGAUGAUGAAUGAAGUUCAAGUAGACAUCAACAUGGAUUUGCCUGAAAGUGACAUACAAGACAUGCUUUGUCGUAUUAACCAGCUCAAUGAAAUCCGGAUGGACACAAACUUCCGGAUGGUGUUUUUAUUCCAGGAAAAGUCCUGUUCUGACUUCAUCAAAGUGGUCCAAAACCGACAGCCGAGGAUGCUGAAGUUUCUAGAAGACCUGGAGCAGUGUGCUGUACAGUUAGAUAGAAUGAAUAAGGGAGCAAAAAUCUCUAGCAUAACAGGCAGCUCAGUGGGAGCGGUUGGAGGUGUGCUGUCCAUUGUUGGUUUGGCGUUAAGUCCUGUAACAGCAGGCGCAUCUCUGGGUCUGUUACUAGGUGGGACAGCAAUGGGAAUCUUGAGUGGAACCAACAGUGCUGUGACCACAUUCACAGAGAUUGGAGUUAAUCACAAGCAGAGAAACAAAGCCAAUGAUGUACUCCAGAAGUUCAUGGAAGAUGUGCAAAGUAUUCACGAUUGUCUGGGAGAGGUAAUCAAUCAGCCAACUGCUGACAAAGAAGUGAGUUUUUAUAAAGAUAUGUGCAUUGGCUUUAAACAAGUUGGGUCAGUUGGACUGAGCAUUCGAUCACUGGUUAAAGAUGCUUCAGAUGUUAAAUUGAUAAAAUCUAAAAACCUGAUUGCAGGUUCUGGCAAGAUGGUGGCUCAGGAAAGUAAAGCAUUAAGUAAUGCAUCUAAGAUGGCUUCAGAAAUCCCAGAAGUGGGUCAGGCAGCAUUCAAAGGGUCACUUGCUCUCUCUAAGACAGCCAGAGCUGGUGCCAUUGCACUAAAUGCUUUAUUUCUUGGCAUGGACAUCUACUCCAUUUGUCAAGACAGCAUCAGUCUGGCUAAAGCCAACAAAACUGAAAUCUCACAAUUCAUCAGAGCCAGAGCUUCACUUUUGAAAUCAGAGAUGAACUCAUGGGAAAACAUCUGUAACUCUCUGAAUGAAGGUCUGAAGACAGAAGACAAAAAGAAAGCUUUCCUAGAGAUGCCAUUUUAUACAGCGAUGAAGAGACAAGUACAGAAAAAACAGUCUGUGUCUUUUGAGAACAAACAAAGGGACAGAGAACUGAAAUUCCAAAAAGAAUUUUAUUUAAUUAUGGUGGUUCUAGGAGGCUUAUUAGGGUUUGCUGCAUGGGUCUGUGGCGCAUUUAGCAAUUAGACAUGAGAGUACUUAAGGUGAGGCCAAAGAGUAUAAAAGUUUUUUUCACUGGCAUGAUGUCUUCAUCUGUAAAGACAGCAUCAGUCUAGCUAAAGGCAACAAAAGUUUUAUCAGAGCGAGAGCUGCACUUUGGAGCUCAGAAAUAGGAUCAUGGCAGAAGAUCUGUGACUCUCUGCAUUAAGGUCUGGAGACAUCAGAGAAAAAGAAAUCUGUCCUAGAAGCACCAUUUUUUCAGAGAUGAAGAAAUAAAAACCAGAAGACGGUCUAUGUGUAAGAAAAUGAGUCACAAAAGAGGACUUUAUUUAUUUAUUGCAGUUCUAGGAGGGUUACUGGGGUUUGUUAUAUGGCUGUGUGGUACAUUCACCGUUAGAGAACUUAAGUUGAAAGAACAGAGUAGGCCACUGGGACAGUUUGGCAGUAUCUUUUGCGUGUCUUUAGACUUGGACUAGUGUCCAAAACACUAGAUCAGCAAAAACGUCAGAAUAUACACUCUUUUCCUCAUUAAUGAUGCCUAAUGAUGAAAAACUAGGGAUUCUACACUUGCCAUUUUAUCCUUUUAUAAAGAGUUAGAUUUUUAGAGAAAAACAAAUUAAAUUUUCAUCUGAUCAAAGUGAAACAUAAAUUUGAGUUAUAGAGUAAUCGAUCAGCAAACAGACAGGACUGCAUUAGAUGGGAAAACUGAACCACAGUGUGCUCCACUGUUUUCUAAAUGUAAUCUAUAGUGCAAACGUCAUGCAGUAAUACAUUUUAUUAAUAAUAUUACAGAGAUAUAAAUGAUAUAAAUGUGACAAUGAGAAGAUGAAUCAUAUCAGAAAUUUUUCCCUUUUUCUUUUGUGAAUUCUGUGAUUAAGUUUAAAAACUGGAACCUGCUUUUCAAAGCUUUGGUCUUAACUGAUUACAGGCUGUUUACUAGCUGUGAUUUUUGGUCAUUAGUUUGUUUCUUUUUUUGAAAUUGUAUUUGCAAUGUGUUUUAUGCUUUACUAUUUUCAUUAUAUAGCAAGUAACAUUAAGUAAAAUUCAAAUUAUCUGUAUGCUGAUUCUAAAUUUAAUAAAGAUAAAUCUUAGAAAUUUUGGAAAAUUAGUUUUUUCAUUAAAUUAACGGAAUUAAGACUGGACGUCGGUCUUCAGUACUGUUUGGAGGGCUGCGUGUGCCCCAAGACUCCUGGGUGCUCUUCUGCCUCUGGCACCUGAGGGGCAUUAUUGAGUACAAACACAAACACUAAUGCACAUGUUUACCAUAUUUUUUUCUUUUUUUUUUCAGGUAUUGCUUGUUUUUUUGUAAUAAUCGUGAGCGAGAUUAAAGAGAUCAGCAAUAAGGUCUCCAUCCUCUCCAGUUGCUUCAAAUGCUUACAUGCAUCAAUAUCAUCUUCAGAAAUUAUUUUAAUUAAAAUUCCACCUGGUCUCAUCUCUGUGUUUCUGUAACAUAAAUAACGAGUCUACAUUUUCCUCACGACACCAGCAAUCAGCUCGACGGAACCUCGGUUUACCUGCAUUCAUCCUGCUCACCUGUUUAACACCUGCUGCUGAUUCAGGAAACACGCCCACGUUACCUGGUGAUAUUAAUGUGGGCUGCUGCUGCUCAAUAUAACGUUACACCAUUGCAAUAUUUUGCACAAAAUAUGCAAAUGUAGUUUGUUUCCUGAGCACAGAGCUGUUGGAGCUUGUGUUUCCCUUCAGAGUGACCAAUCUGGGUUAAAAAGGAUAAACAGGCAUUAAAAGAAGGAGCGAUGGACACUGAGAAAACUACAAAGCACUUUAUAAACGAACCCACUUUAUCAGCAGGUGAUAUCUGGUCACCGACAAACAGCUUUCAAAACCUCUGCUGAGUUUUAGUUCUCAGUGGAUGGUUAAACCCUGGGCGUAAUUAACUAAUUUAACUGUAAAAGGCUUUUUAGAAACCAUGAAACACAUACCAACUUCUUGAUGUUAGAGAACUAAAAAUGCUCAUGAAUAAGACUAUAAAGGCAAGGAGGUGUCCUUUAUAAAACCUGUUAAUAGCACCUCUAGAUUUAUGUCAUAGUUUAUAAUACAACACUUGUAUUUCAGUAAUAGUCUAUUUAUUUGAAUAUAGUGGUGUAAAGUUCUUACCGCUUUUUCCAUGGAAACUCCACACGAGUCCAGAUUUCCGAGGACACAGCUCACAUGGGAGUUAUCUAUGGUACUCCAACACGUUCUCACUCCCAACUCGUCAAAUGUGCGACGCAUGGUCAGGGUCCCUCUGCUUCACUUAUGGACGCGCCGGGUACCCCCCUCGCGUCAAGAAUUAACGUGCAGGGUACUCCUAUUGAAUACUGUUUUGCUCACCAAAACGUUGUUUAUUGACGACAAGAGAUUGCCACGGAAGAGCCUGUUGUCGUUAUAUUUAUAUAUUUUCAAAAUCACAUUGUGACCUAUACUGAACAGAUUAAAUUAUAUACUGUAAACAACUACCUGAGAGAAAAUUAUAGCAGAUAAAAUUUAUUACAGGCUAUUACUUUUGUAUCGGUUAUUGCGUUGAUUGUUGUGAGUGAUGUAUGCUGGGUAAUGUCACUGCUAGCACUUGACUUUAUUGUACCAGUUUUAUAAACUGUUCCUUUUCAUAGUUGGAAAUCCUUGUACAUUUUUAACCUGUGGUUCUUUCUGCUACAGCUUUAACAUAUCUUCUCCAACUUCUCUCAAUACAUGCAGUCAUUUGACCGUCUGCUUUGGAUAAUCACGCUCUUACGUAUUAAAAAAAUAAAAAAUCAAUAAAAAGAACAACUGUAAUAUUAGGCAAAACAUUUUCGGUGCUUUUAAAGAAUACACGGCGACUCCCAUUUUUUUGAUAAAGUGUUUUUUCAUAUUAGAUCAGCGGCAGUGACGUCAUCAUACUCGAUCAUAUCACAGGUAACUAAGAAUCUGAAUCUGUAGAUUUUUUUUUCUUUUAUUUUUGUAAUUUAAAACAAAAAAUACAGAAAGAGUGAGCUCACAAUGUUGCUUUUAGCAGUUCUAUGGGUGAAGAUUACUAAUUUCGUGCAACAGCAAAUCACUUAACAUUUAAGUGCAUAUAUCUUGCCACACCACAUGUGCCGUAAGCUAGCUAAAUUAGUUUCUGUUAGCCAAUUCAAGAGAACAUGUUGUUAUGAGAUAACAACUGAAGUGGGCGUGGUUUCUCUGUAACGUUUAUUAGGAGUGAAAGCAAAACCAACCAAACUUAUCUGUAUGUGACGACAACAACCUGCAUCUGAACACAGCCAAGACCAAGGAGAUGGUAAUUG